AUGGUGUCUCCUCUUGGCUUUGGAAUGCUGUCCUUCGUCUUUGUGGCACUUCUCACUUUUCCAAGUUUCACUGUGCAGGCCUGCAUUGACAGCAGUGCUUUUGGGAACAGAAUGUCUCAAUCAGGAUAUGCAACAUGUCACUUUUUAGACUACGAAGAACACAACCUUUUAUACAUAACUGGAUUUCAAAGGGAGAUGGGCUCUCACAAUGAUCUGAAAGGCAUAAAGAAAGCCAAAUGCUGUCAGCCUCCCGACCUACAUCAAGGUAAACCCCACACAUGUACAUCGGCUGACUGGGAGUUGAGCUUUUCGAGGUAUGUUGUCCAGAAAUAUCAGCACUUUUUAUCAUUGUCAAAAAGUGUUUACUUCUUUGUGGUGUUAUUUGUCAUUUUUUUUUCUAAAAUUGCCUCGCUGGUAAAUUGGUGAACACCACAUAAUUGUACUUUCGAAGUAGCAUUUACUCGAAUGGUGAAAAAAUAACUUCAGGAAUUGAUGGCCGCCCGUUAACGUUUCUUCAUGUUUGUUAGCCCUGACAAGACUGAGUUAAAAGAUGAAAAUUAAAAUUAAAAAAAAGCAGGAAAAGUGGACCAACAAACUUAACGACGUAACUGGCCCCAAUUAUACAUGCCGAUAACUUUUCUCGAGUUCUCCAAUCAUUAAUACUGCUAUCCAAUUCGGAUCAGGGGAGUGCAAUUAAGGGUGAAACUAGCGCAAAUAUCGUAAAUAAUUUUUUUUUUCAGGCAUCUCAGCGGUGCAGAAUCCUGAAUCCUAGAAUUGGAUUGGCUAAUUACGUGAGGCAGUCUUUGACGGGACCAGGAGUUACGUUAGCUGGUUGCAACAAAUAAUGUAGUAAAUAAGCAACCAUUGAAUCAAGUGGUUGUCGUUAUACUUUGUGGUCUUCCUCUCAGAAGGUACUUAACAAGGUUUUCUUUUUCAGAGAAGGCUGGGCCACAUGUCCAUCCGGGCAUUUUCUUAAUGGGUUCCACAGAGGAGGAAGUAAUCAGUUGAAAAGUAUCCAGUGGGCGCAAUGUUGUAAACCUGCACUACAGCCCCACUGGUACAAAGAGUGCAAAGAUCAAGAUGUUGGUUCUGGUGAUACAUGGAAAUGUAACGAUGAAGGAUUCUAUGUAGUUGGAUUACACAGAGGUACACCUGAGGCGCUUUCUAGCAUCAACGAGCUUAGAUGCUGCAGCAUGUAUGAUGGUGAGUAAUUGUCUCCGAACGGGAAGAGAGGGAAAUUGGAUAAGACUAAGCAGUGGUGCUCCGCAGGGGCUGGGAAACCUUGCGCCGUGUAAUGUUAAACAAAAACACAAAUUUGCUACCCCAUCUCCGACCAUAGAGUUAAGUUGUACACCCGUCUCAGACUGGAAGUGGGAGUAUAUUUUUAUUUAUUACCGUUUUCCAUAUUACUACAAAAUGUCUUAUUGCUUUCACACAUUUCAUUAAAACCUAAUUGAGAUAGGCCAGGAGUUGUGAAUCAUCUCUACGACGUAGUUAAGUUUAAUCUGUGUUUUCCAUAAGCAGAAUAAAGGAAAUACACUCGCUUUCAGUGUUACUUGCAUAGACGACAUCUUUGGACCGUCUUUCGACAUGCCAUCUCUCGACAUGCUAUGUAAACAGCUGAAAGACCGUUUAACUGUGAAACUGGCAAUUUUUCAAAUGGCUGAAGAAGAUUGUGGACUGCAUCUUUCCCGAUUUACGGGAUAAAUAAAACGAUUCGAGUGUAGCCGAUCGGCUUUCAAUAGUGACUUCCGGUAGAAUUGAACCGCUACCGCCUUUAAUAUUCGAAAGAUGUAAACAUUCAAAACAGUCGAUUUGUCUCUCACAGAAUGACCUCUUGAUACUCCUAGCCUUAUUCUGAUGUCGAAUAAAUCCAUCUUUCCUGACUGAAGGUCGAGUUCGACCUUGAAGAAGUCCGUUGUGCUUACAUUUUUGACGUAGGCCAGGUUACAUAGCAUGUCGAGAGAUGACAUGUCGAAAGAUGUCACCUAUGCACGUAACACUGAAAGCGGGUGUAAGUUGCAAAUGUUUUCCGUUGUGCGUGGUCAGACCUAUACGGGUUCGUCGUGGAGUGAUCUGCCUAUAAGCUGUAGCGCAUCCUAUUACCACUUUCGCAGAGGUUCACACUAGGAACAGAUGAAAUACACUAUUUUUGCAUUGAAAAUUAUUUAUUGUAAAAAGUAGUCUUUUUCAUUGCGUUUUAUUUGAAGCUGGUAAGUUGCGCUCAAAAAUGUAAAUCUUGGCAAAACCUAAUAACUUGUGCUGCUAAUGCUUACUUUAUGCGGUGCCAUGAAUCUGCAUGUACAUGUAUCAGUCUGUUCCCAUGCUUAAAACUGUGAGAACCUCAAUAUUGCUUUUCCUUGCAGAGAUCCUACCACUGAAGUCGGGAGAUGAAGUGAAGACGAGAACGAUGGACAUGACACUUGAUAACUUGGCUCUUUUGGCAUCUUACUUGGGAUAUGGUUGGUCGAAAGGAUGCAGAGGUCAGCAUAAUGGCCAAGAUUUUAUAAGAGACGGUGACAGCUGGAGGUCUCACUACCAACGCGGAUGCAGUGGAGAGAAGGCAAAGGAACGUCUGAAGAUCUUUUACGAGAACUUUUCUUUUAAAGUAAAGAACAUCGACUACGAGGAGCCAGAAAUUCAGUCAAUCAAGCCUAUAGUACAGGAUGUUGGAGAGAUUAACAACCAAGAUUCGACUUCAACCCAAACAAGUAUUUCACGAGAAAUAAAGUCUGUUCGUACCGUCACCCAUUCUUCUACCACUAGGUUUAAGUCCACCUUCGGAGCUUCAGUAACGCUCAGUUACACGUCUCCCGGAACGUUCGGCUUAGCUGCUGGAACUUUCAAAGCGUCCGUAACCUUGUCUGGAGGAAGAGAAAGUGCUGGACUGAACACAGAUGAAGACGGUGAGAUCAAGUGGGACAUCGUCAAAGUGAAAGAAACGCAGACAACAGAUGGCAAUUCAGGAUCAUCAUACCAGAUAACCACCUCCAACAAGCAAGUGAACGUACCUUACAAAGCCACCAUUCAAGUCCAGUUCAAGGUCAAAUUUGAAGGCUUCCUGGAAAAGAAAAACUUCCACGAGACGCACAAAGGUAAAAGCAACCGACCUUCCUUUGAAUACACAUUCGGCUCAGAGAGCGUUCCCUUUUACACGUUCUUGAAGCAGGUCAGUGAGCGAGGUGACAGUCCUUGGCUGUGGAGUGAGAUGAUGCAUGGACAGGACGAGGAGGUGAAUAAGUACGUUCAGGAGGUAAUCGACAUACUGACCGACGAAAGCCUCUACGAGUUCGAGCUCCAUGGCACGUUUCAUGACGUGGCAGGCUUGGAUUUCAAUGUGCAGUGGGAUGAUAAACCAGUUGCAAAUGUCCCAGGUGCAAAUGCAACGCUUGCUGUAUGA